AUGCGAGACAAAGGAUUUCCAGCACUAGGCCCGAUGUUCCGCUUUGCUUCCUUUAUUGUAACGCUUCACCUCGUUAAUGGAGACCUGAGUUAUUCUAUUCCAGAAGAGAUGAAACACGAGUCUGUUAUUGGAAAUAUAGCUAAAGAUCUCGGUCUUGAUCUGAGGACAUUAUCUUCCCGAAAGGCCCGUGUGGAUUUUGAGGGGACUCGUAAGAGGUACUGUGAUAUUAAUCUGAGUACUGGAGAUUUGAUCACAUCGGAGAGAAUUGACAGAGAAAGCCUUUGUGGCAAGAAACCGUCGUGUGUUGUGAAGGUUGAUCUGGUGUUGGAAAAUCCUCUGGAGCUUCAUCGACUAAGUCUUCAUAUUCAAGAUGUGAACGACAACUCGCCAAAAUUCAGACAGAAUUUGAUUGAAAUGGAAAUACGCGAGUCAGCAGACAAGGGUAACCGCUUCUCUAUCGAGGAGGCCCAUGACGCAGAUAUAGGUCAAAAUGCUGUUCAAAGAUACAGCCUACAGAAGAACGACAACUUUAUUCUCGCUGUUGACAGCAGCAAGGUUGAACUCGUAGUGGAGAAUACACUUGAUCGAGAGAAACAAAAAGAGAUUAAUUUGCUUCUGACAGCUUUAGAUGGUGGCUCUCCUCAGAGAUCAGGUACUGUAGUCAUACACGUCACUGUGCUGGAUGCUAAUGAUAACGCCCCAGUGUUCAGCCAGGCCGUUUAUAAAGCCAGUCUGCCUGAAAACUCUCCUCCAGAUACUUUAGUGAUUACUGUUAGUGCUGCUGACGCAGAUGAAGGAGUCAAUGGAGAUGUGACUUAUCACUUUGGUCAUGUUUCUGAUGAUGAUGUAAAUGUGUUUUCUAUUGAUCCUAAAAGUGGAGAAAUCCGAGUAACUGGUUUGAUUGACUUUGAGGAAAGCAGUUCAUUUGAAAUGAGAGUGCAAGCUAAAGAUGGUUUAGGACUAACCUCUUACGCAAAAGUUAUAAUAGAUGUUACUGAUAUGAAUGAUAAUGCUCCAGUCAUAUACCUGAAAUCACUGUCUAAUCCCAUACCUGAGAAUGUGUCACCUGGUACAGAGGUGGGCAUCAUCAACGUGCAGGACAGAGACUCUGAGAAUAACAGACAGGUCCGCUGCUCCAUUCAGCAAAACGCCCCUUUUAAGUUGGUUCCUUCUAUUAAAAACUAUUAUUCUCUGGUGACCACAGGACACCUGGACCGUGAAGUAAUGUCUGAUUACAACGUUACAAUCACUGCCAGUGACGAGGGCUCUCCACCUCUGUCCUCCUCUAAAAGUGUUGAGUUAUCUGUAGCAGACAUCAACGACAACCCACCUGUGUUUGAAGAACAGUCGUACAGCGCAUAUGUGAGUGAAAAUAACAAACCUGGCUCCACUUUAUGUUCCGUUAGUGCUCGAGACCCCGACUGGAGACAAAACGGUACAGUGAUUUAUUCUUUGUUACCCGGUGAGGUGAACGGUGCNGGAGAGAUCAGGACACAGCGGGACAUUUCCGAGUCUGACAGCAUGAAACAGAACCUGAUUGUGUCAGUGAAAGAUAACGGACAGCCCUCUCUGUCUGCCACCUGUUCCAUGUAUUUACUGAUUUCUGAUAACUUGGCUGAGGUGCCAGAACUGAAGGACAUUUCUUAUGAUGAGAAGAAUUCCAAACUGACGUCUUAUCUGAUCAUCGCGCUGGUGUCUGUGUCGACGUUUUUCCUGACCUUCAUCAUCAUCAUCCUGGGUGUGAGGUUUUGUCGCAGGAGAAAGCCCAGACUGUUGUUUGAUGGAGCAGUUGCCAUCCCCAGCGCUUAUCUCCCUCCUAAUUACGCAGAUGUUGACGGGACAGGAACUUUACGCAGCACUUACAAUUAUGACGCCUACCUGACAACAGGUUCAAGAACCAGUGACUUUAAGUUCGUGUCAUCUUACAGUGACAACACACUGCCUGCUGACCAGACUCUGAGGAAAAGUCCAUCGGACUUUGCUGAAGCGUUUGGUACGCCAGAUGAGUCUCCAGAGGUAGGCCCCAUACAUAUCUGUAUCAAACAUUUAGAUGUUGAUGUGAUCUUUCGAUUUUGUCGCCAUGACUUUAAGUUGCCUUACGUUUAA